CGAGUACGGAAUAAUUUGGAGGAGAACUCUAUGAGUAAUGACGUCGAGGCUGGGGAAAGUCCAUUGCUGGUACGGAGUACUCGUGCUAGUUACCUCUGGUUGUCGGUUUCGCGAAGACAGCCCUUUUAGGACUACCUCAAUCCUCCUCACAGCCUCUCUCCAACAGGGCUGUGAUUGAUCGUCCCCGGGCUGUCCUCUGCGUGCACUGCCAAUCCUCGUGGGUUUAACCUCUUUGAGCCUGUGCUGUCUAUCUCGAAACCAGUACUCGCACGUUAGACGGCCAAAUGUUAGCCCAACCUACAGUCAUCGGCGCUCGUAUAGUCUUGAAACGACAGCGUAUAUAUUCAGGUCGUUCCGUGACUCAAACGCAAAGUCGCAACAACUACGGUGGUCGCAGAGGCCUCGUCGGCACCUUGAUGGACCCGCAACAGGGUCAGCCAGGAGGGUACGCUGAUCCAUACUGCGACGACUACUCAAAAAGGGGCUCCCGCCGCAGGGGACAUCGAGGUGGUCCCUUGACCGGAGGCCUAAUGGGCUUGAGGGGAGAAGGUCAGAACAACUACCAUGACCAGCGUCGACGAAAUGGCCCAGUCGGUCUCUUGAUCGGAGGUGUGAUGGCCUUGAUGAAUGGACGAGAAAGCAAGACCUACGACCAACGCCAGAGUGGACAUUAUGACCAGCGGCCCGUGGAUGCUCGCAGUCCGAGGGAUGCUGAUCUAAGAGACCAUGACAUCCAGCCCGAUGUUCGAAGUGUUCCUGCAAGGCACAGCCCAAGGGAACCAGACUCCAAGAUUAAAGAUGAAAGCUUCGGCAACAGAGGUCACAGUGACGACGAAUCGGAUGAUGAUGAACGCGCCGAGCGGAAAUAUGAGCGGCACAUCCAGAGUACAGUCGCACAGCAAAGCCAGGGGAAGCAAUUCGCUCCGCCGCCGGGACCUCCGCCUUCCUACCAGGCUGCGAUCCGGGGAAACUAAAUAGGUAGAAAGGAGAGAUGGCACCACGUUGAGGACGGCAAAUCUGCAAUCUUGUUUGGUCGUUGAGACAGCCAUGAUCAGUGGCGUGCGUUUUUGAGUGUUUGUCUAAGUGUGCGACGGCUGCCAUAGAGGAUUUUGGCCCUCAUAUGUAGCAAUGGCAUUUGGCUUCCUCAAUUCGACAAACGCGAGACUGCUUGUAAUAUG